ACGAUUAGGAUUUUUUAAUCAAAUUCAAAAUCAGUAUUUUUCAUCGAUUAAACAUCUGAAAUAUUUGCCGAUUCUCGAAAACGUUGAUGGCAUCAAACGAAAUGAAAAACUAUGCCAAAUUAGCACAGCAAAAUGGUUGGUUAUUGAUUGGUAUUUCAGGGUGUACAAAUUGCGGUAAAACAACGUUAUGUGAGAAAUUAUGUAAUAGAUAUCCAUCAUCAUCGGCUAUCAUCAAUCAGGAUACUUAUUUUCGGGAAGAAGAUGAUCCGAAUCAUGUUUGGGUACCGUUAUGUGAAUCACGAAAACACCAAAAUUGGGAACUUCUCGAAUGUAUCAAUUGGAACGAUAUGUGUAUGGCAAUCUAUGACAUCAUUUCUAAACCUGCAAUCGUUCGACCAAGUUUAUUACUAAUCGAUGGUCAUAUCAUUUUCAAUUAUCAGCCAUUAGCUAAUGUAUUCGAUCGAAAAUAUUUCAUACGAACAUAUGAUAAAUUAAUGAUUCAUAAACGUCGUCUAAAACGAGAUUAUAUACCACCAGAUCCAGCUGGUUAUUUUGAUCAAUAUGUGUGGCCAAUGUAUCUGAAAAAUUUAGAAAAAAUUAGUAAUCAAAAAGAUAUUAAAUAUAUUGAUGGAUCAAUGUCAAUGGAACAUAUUUAUCAACAAGUUUGUAAUGAUUUAGAUCAAUUUCUUUUAAAUAUUUCUCGAAAAAAUUGAAUAAAUUUUUUUUUUAAUU